UCAAAGGUUCCGAAGGCGAACGCUGGGAAUCCAAGGAAAGAGCAGGUGGGGAUUUCUAUGCACCUGCGCAGUACCUUCCCGUUCUCCUCCUCUCCCUCUUGCCGCGCCGCAAGCUGGGACACUUACGAUUGGACGAAGAGAGGGCGGGCUCCUGCGUCUGUGCCUCCGCUUCCGGCCCCAAGGCCCCAACUAUUGGUUUGUGAUCCUUCUCAAAGGUGGAUGGAGAGGCGAGCGCAGUUUCCGCCUGUUGCUACCCUCCCGCUGUUGCUGCGCUCACCCCUUCACUGGGGUUUGGCGGCUGGGUCACGCGGAACGACGUUCGGGCAGCGCCCCCAGCCCCUGCCAUGGAUGAAGGUUGUUCCCGCAUCCGCCGGCGGGUGUCGGUCCGCAAAAGGAACCGUCCUAGCUUGGAGAGCGUUUCUGCCGCCCCCACCGCGGCCGAGCUUAAGCCCGGCGAUGAGGAGAAGGAGGAGGAGGACGAGGAGAUGGUGGCUGGGAGCCGGCGGCGAAAAACCAUGGACGUGCAGCCGGUCGAGAAUAUUGACAGUGAAGAGGACCUGUUUGGUGACUAUGAUAGCUUUGCUGAAAACUCUUUUUUAGCUCAAGUUGAUGACCUGGAACAAAAAUAUUUGCAACUUCCUGAACAUAGGAAACAUGCUACAGACCAUGCCACUGAAGAUCUUUGUUCAGAAAGCAUUAAACACAACACACUCAGCAUGACUACUGUAGGCGACUGUACUGAAUUAAAAAUAGAUGAGCACACGAAGAACCAGAGCGGGCAUGAAAAGGUCUCUAUUGAACCUGCAACUGAUGUUUUGUAUGAUAUACCUUCUUCACAGGUUUUAUUCUUUGAAAAUUUAUAUAACUCUUCAGAUGAUUUGGGUGAUCCAUCUACUGAAAAGAGGGAUUGGAACUCAUCCUCUCACAAGACUGUGAACAAGGAAUUGCCCAUUAAUAACAUAGAGCAACCACAGCAAACUGAUGAAUCCUCUUCUAAAGUCAAAACUAGUUCAGAUGCGAAUAGGAGAAAAAGUCUUAAAGAUCAUCUAAAAAAUACCAUGACUGGAAAUGCCAAGGCCCAAACACCAGUAUUUUCUAGGACUAAACAGCUCAAAGAGACUCUCCUAUCUGAAGAAAUUAAUGUCGCUAAGAAAACAAUUGAGUCAUCAUUAGAUGACCUUGGUCCUUUUUAUUCAUUACCCAGCAAAGUGAGAGACCUUUAUGUUCAGUUCAAGGGAAUUGAAAAAUUAUAUGAAUGGCAACAUGCUUGCUUAACAUUGAAUUCUGUGCAAGAAAGAAAAAAUUUAAUAUAUUCCUUGCCAACAAGUGGUGGAAAAACCCUCGUGGCUGAGAUUUUAAUGCUGCAAGAACUGCUUUGCCGGCGAAAAGAUGUUUUAAUGAUCCUACCAUAUGUGGCAAUUGUUCAAGAAAAGAUUUCAGGUUUGUCAACUUUUGGUAUAGAACUGGGUUUCUUUGUUGAAGAAUAUGCUGGAAGCAAAGGAAAAUUUCCUCCAAUUAAAAGAAGGGAAAAGAAAUCACUAUAUAUUGCCACUAUUGAAAAAGGACAUAGUCUGGUGAACUCCUUGAUUGAAACCGAAAGGAUUAACAGUCUGGGUCUGGUUGUUGUAGAUGAGUUGCACAUGAUUGGUGAAGGAAGCCGUGGGGCUAUACUGGAAAUGACUCUAGCAAAAAUCCUCUACACUAGCAAAACAACUCAAAUUAUUGGUAUGAGUGCAACAUUAAACAAUGUUGAAGACCUACAAGAGUUCCUGCAAGCAGAAUAUUACACGAGUCAGUUUAGACCAGUUGAAUUAAAAGAGUAUCUGAAAAUAAAGGACGCAAUAUAUGAGGUUGACAGCAAAGCUGAGAAUGGCAUGACUUUUUCACGUCUCCUUAACUAUAAGUAUUCUGAUACUCUGAAAAAGAUGGAUCCUGAUCACUUGGUAGCAUUGGUGACAGAAGUUAUUCCCAAUUAUUCCUGCUUAGUUUUUUGUCCCACUAAGAAGAACUGUGAAAACGUAGCAGCAAUGAUAUGCAAAAUUUUAAGCAAGGAAUAUCUGAAACACAAAGAGAAAGAAAAACAUGAGGUGAUUAAGAACUUGAAGAAUAUCAGCAGUGGCAACCUGUGUCCUGUUUUAAAGCACACCAUCCCGUUUGGAGUUGCUUAUCACCAUAGUGGUUUAACGAGUGAUGAAAGGAAGCUCUUGGAGGAGGCCUACUCCGCAGGAGUUCUCUGCCUUUUUACCUGCACAUCCACCCUAGCAGCAGGUGUUAACCUACCAGCUCGGAGAGUUAUUUUAAGAGCCCCCUAUGUUGCUAAAGAAUUUUUAAAGAGGAAUCAAUAUAAACAGAUGAUUGGCAGGGCUGGCCGUGCUGGAAUAGAUUCUACUGGGGAGAGUAUCCUUAUAUUGCAAGAAAAAGACAAGCAACAGGUAUUGGAGUUAAUAAGCAGACCAUUGGAAAACUGUUACAGCCAACUUGUUCAAGAAUUCACCAAGGGAAUCCAAACUUUGUUUCUCUCUUUGAUUGGUUUGAAGAUUGCAACAAAUCUUGGUGACAUAUAUCACUUUAUGAGUGGUACAUUUUUUGGUGUUCAGCAGAAGAUUUUGUUGAAAGAAAGAAGUCUCUGGGAAAUAACUGUCGAAUCACUUAGAUACUUGACAGAAAAAGGACUCCUACAAAAAGAUACUAUUUUGACAGAAAAAGGACUUCUACAAAAAGACACUAUUCAUGGGUCUGAAGAAGAGUUCCAAUAUAGUUUUCACAUUACAAAGUUGGGACGAGCUUCUUUUAAGGGAACUAUAGAUUUGGCUUAUUGUGACAGUCUCUACAGAGACUUGAAGAAAGGUCUUGAAGGACUUGUGCUUGAAAGCCUUCUUCAUCUAAUUUACCUAACAACUCCCUAUGAUAUGGCUUCUCAGUGUAACCCUGAUUGGAUGAUAUACUUCAGGCAGUUUAGCCAGCUCAGCCCAGCAGAACAAAAUGUGGCUGUUCUGGUUGGAGUCUCUGAGAACUUUAUUGGGAAGAAAGCAUCAGGUCAAGCCAUCAGGAAGGUGGACAAGAAUAUUGUCAACAGACUAUACCUGUCUUUUGUCCUUUAUACCUUGCUCAAAGAGACCAACAUUUGGAGUGUGUCUGAAAAAUUCAGUAUGCCUCGAGGAUAUAUACAAAACCUUCUCUCUGGAGCUGCCGCAUUCUCCUCUUGUGUGUUACAUUUCUGUGAGGAACUUGAGGAGUUCUGGGUUUAUAGAGCCCUUUUGGUAGAACUUACCAAGAAGUUGACUUACUGUGUAAAGGCAGAGCUGAUCCCUCUCAUGGAAGUGACUGGAGUUUUAGAGAGUCGAGCAAGACAGUUAUACAAUGCAGGUUAUAAAAGUCUAAUGCACUUAGCUAAUGCAAAUCCUGAAGUGCUGAUAAAAACAAUUGAUCAUUUAUCAAGACGCCAGGCCAAGCAAAUUGUUUCAUCAGCCAAGUUGCUGUUGCAUGAGAAAGCAGAGGCUUUGCAAGAAGAAGUAGAAGAGUUAUUGAGACUGCCUUCUGAUUUCCCUGGUAUUGUGGCCUCUUCUGUUGAAAAGGCAUGAAACUGUCAGAUGAACAUUUUUAAGUAUAAUUAUUUAUUGUACAUAUGUUUUAUUAAAGAUUCCCUGUAAUUUAUGAGUGAAAAAAAUAUAUUUUAAUUAUAUAUUAA